AUGGAGAAUCCACAUGAGGAAAGGCAGUCGCUGCUGCUCGAGCGAAUCACCAAGAGCGUUCACCGUCUUAAUGAGGCUUUGCUCGAACUCGAUCGAUCAGUGGUCGAGAUCAACAAUCAUAACCAGGCAAUUACGAUCGUUGCCGAGCUUUCUGAAGCUUACCGACGAAACGCGGCGUUCAACCUGGCGAAUAUGGAGGCUGUCGAUGAAGAUGGUUCAAUCAAGGUGCCUAUCGACUAG